AAUGUUGCAGAUGUCACACCAUCGGAGCAAGAAGAUCUGUUCAUCCGAAAACUUCGGCAAUGUUGCGUGACCUUUGAUUUUAUGGAUGCUAUGGCGGAUCUCAAAGGCAAAGAAAUUAAACGAAGUACACUCAAUGAAUUGGUUGAAUACAUCACAGCCGGACGAGGUGUUCUUACAGAGCCUGUGUAUCCUGAAAUCAUUAAAAUGAUUUCUGCAAAUCUGUUUCGCACAUUACCACCUAGUGAAACACCUGAUUUUGACCCAGAGGAGGAUGAUCCGACACUGGAGGCAAGCUGGCCCCAUCUGCAAUUGGUUUACGAGUUCUUUUUACGCUUUCUUGAAUCCUCAGAUUUUCAGCCUACUAUUGGCAAGAAAGUUAUUGACCAAAAAUUCGUUUUACAGUUAUUAGAGUUAUUUGAUUCUGAGGAUCCCAGGGAAAGAGAUUUUUUGAAAACUGUUUUGCAUCGUAUUUAUGGGAAGUUCCUUGGUCUUAGAGCCUUUAUACGUAAACAAAUCAGUAACAUUUUCUUGAGGUUUGUAUAUGAAACGGAGCAUUUCAAUGGAGUUGGUGAACUUCUUGAAAUUUUGGGUAGCAUUAUAAAUGGAUUUGCUCUUCCUUUAAAAGUUGAGCACAAGCAGUUCUUAGUUAAGGUGCUGCUACCACUACAUAAAGUAAAGUGCUUAUCAUUAUAUCAUGCACAAUUAGCUUAUUGUGUGGUACAAUUUCUUGAAAAGGAUGCAACCUUAACAGAGCCUGUUAUACGAGGCCUCCUGAAAUUCUGGCCUAAAACGUGUAGCCAGAAGGAGGUAAUGUUCCUUGGUGAAAUUGAAGAAAUCUUGGACGUGAUAGAACCUAGCCAAUUUGUUAAAAUACAAGAACCUUUAUUCAGGCAAAUUGCACGUUGUGUGUCCUCGCCACACUUUCAGGUUGCUGAAAGAGCAUUGUACUUUUGGAAUAACGAGUAUAUAAUGUCCCUAAUUGAAGAAAACAAUCAUGUAAUAAUGGGAAUCAUGUUCCCAGCAUUGUAUAGAAUUAGCAAGGAACAUUGGAAUCAGACGAUUGUAGCUCUUGUUUAUAACGUUUUAAAAACAUUUAUGGAAAUGAAUAGCAAGCUGUUCGACGAACUUACUGCCAGCUAUAAGUCUGAAAGGCAAAAGGAGAAAAAAAGGGAAAAGGAAAGGGACGAAUUGUGGAGGAAGCUAACCGAAUUGGAAGUAGAACGACGUAAUGUGCUUACAGCUACCUUCAACAAUCCUCUUCCUGCCACGACAACACCUACAACACGAGCCCGCCCUUGAGCUGGUGGAAAUUCACUCCCAAGCUGCCCAAUCAUUAGCCCUUAGUUUACGUCGAUUGUCCAUACACUACAUGCAAAAAUUACUGUUGUUAGUGGAGCAGUGUCUCACAAUGGCAUUCUUGACGUAAUGUAAUUUCUUUCAUUAGUUACUAGCCUAAAGGGCGAAGUGGAGAAGAGAAAAAAAAAUAAGGAAGAAUCAGUAAUCACAAUUUUAUUCUUCUUCGACGCAAUGAUAAUUGAUGAGUUCUAAUAUUUUUAUUGUGUAUAUUAAUUUCUACUUUUCUUUUUUCCUUUUUCUUUAAAUAGCAAUGAAUUAAGUUGUACAAUGUACUCAGUGUCAGCACAUAAUACGAUGAUGUUAGUCCCUUCUUAACUAAAGUUUAGCUGCGCUCGGUAGGAGGAGACGAUCAAGAUGUAAAUUCAGAUAGACAAAGUAUAUUGUUAUAAUAUUAAUUUUUGCAUGUGACAUUUGCUUCAGUUUUUAAAUGGCUGAUGUCCUCUCAUGACUGACCCACCUUACUUUGAUUCUCACCUCCAACAGAGCCAGCAGGGGCGUUGUUUGAAAUGUAUCAUAUAUUCGUAUUAAUGAUAAUGAUAACUAUAACAAAACAUAAUAAAAUUAGGUAAAUAUAUAAAUAUAUACAUAAUACAAUAUAUUAUAAAAAUAUAGUACUAUUGACGAUACAAGUUACACAUUCACACAUACACGAAUACAUCAAACUGUGGUAAAUACGUGUAACGUACAGAUCGAUGUGCUACAAAUACUAACAUUGUGCUGACUGCAUGCCCGCAGCAAAUGGAGUAAAUUUUUUCAAAGAAAGAGAGCCGUAACGGUAUGCUCGUCGCAUAUCGAGAAUAAUAUUGAAUAAUAAAAUUCAAUUCACUGAAACAAAAA